CCCAUCUAACCUGGCUGGUUGAACCAUCAAACUGAGAUGCUAGAACUGUAAACAAGCCAUGGGUCUACAUACAGUUUAUGGGGUAACUAAGAUAUAUGUAAAAUUUUGCUUUUAAUUGGUUCCAAGUAUUGAACCCCUAACCGCUAGUCUAUAUUGUUAGAUGCCACAAAUAACCAAUUUAGCAUGGCUUUAACUGUGUCAGAAGUGGCUCUUUGUAUAUCGAAAUGUGUGCUUAUACCCUACUUUCAAACAGUACUGGUCAACCAGUGAUUGGCUAGGGUGCAACCUGGCACUCACAAGCUAUUGAACAAACAGGUUGGGUUUCUGUAUAUUGAUAUGAACUUAUUUUUCUUACUAGGGAACCAUUUCAUAUCUGGUGAGGGAUAUUCUAAAUUUUUUUUGUCAUAGAGGUAUUGUAUUGUUAAUAGUCUUCGAUUGGAUAAGCUAGUGUGCACAAAAUUCAUGCAUAUCUGUUGAGGUGAAUAAAGUAAAUUGGUGAAGUAACAUCUGUUUGAAAAGGAGUGCUUAUUCCAGUAGAUAAAUUUCCUAUGAUAUACAAGUGCUUUCUUUUUUCUAGUAGGUGAUCUAAACACUCCUUGAACCUUCAAAUAUUAAUGCAUCCUUGUUCCCUCCUGAAUCCUUAAGUGCUCCAGCUGCAUGCACAAAUGGUUAAAAAUUCUAUGCAACAGUUAACCUGUUGGCUAGUAGCAUUCCUUUGCACUUAAAAUCUACACUAUAACAGUUGUCUCGUGGAUGAUAGUUCCUUGGGUUUGGCUGUGCUGUUGAGCCUUGAUUGUAUGGUUGGAAGGAGAAGUCUGCUGCUAAUGUGAUUAGGGUUUGUGGAUUGUUUGAAUUUCUGGUUGUAGAAUAUUAUCCCUCUCCUGCUUUCCAUUUCUUUUUCUGUUUCUUUGACUGGGCCUUGGCUUCCUGCCAAAGAGUACAUCUCUCUUAUUUUUUGUUUCCAUUUAUUUUUCUGCUUUCAUAAAAGGGAAUGAAAAAAAUCUUUAUACAGACUAGUAUGUUUAUCUGUGUAGCAUUGUGUUCAGUGGUCAGUUCUUUAUUCUCUCUUUCCAGCAUAUCUGAUUUUUGUAUCUCGACACGCAGGUAUUAUGUCUCUCAACAGUUGACAGACAAGAGUGAUGUAUAUAGUUUUGGUGUCAUUCUUCUUGAGUUGAUAUCUGGUCAAGAAGCGAUAUCUAACGAAAGCUUCGGAAUUAAUUGUCGCAACAUUGUCCAGUGGGCAAAAACACACAUUGAGAGUGGGAACAUUCAGGGAAUCAUUGACCCUUCGCUGCAAAAUGAAUUUGACAUCCAGUCAGUGUGGAAGAUUGCUGAGAAAGCAAUGAUGUGUGUCCAAUCCCACGGGAGUAUGAGGCCAUCGAUAUCAGAAGUGCUGAAGGAAAUUCAGGAUUCAAUCUUGAUUGAAAAGGGAGCAGAAGUCAGAAGAGAAGGUAACUCCGCUGAUUUGUCUGGGGGAUCUAUACAUUCUUCUAUCAAUAUUGGCUCCAUUGAUCUAGGAGUUGCUGAGCCAUAUAUUUCAUUGGACGAGUCUAUCAGGCAUCCAUCAGCACGAUAGGAGGCUCUGCUUGUCCAUCUACCAAUAUAUAAUUUCUUAAUAUUUUUAUUAUGCUUUUUCCUCCAUAGUUCAGGUUUGUAAAGAAGGAGCCCAAUGCUCUUCACACAUUUGUGUCAUGUAGAAGAGGAAAAAUCCCAUGGAAAUAUAUUUGAAAAUCUCUAGUUUCAUUUUAUGCUGAAAAAUAUUUUGUAUGAUAGUGAAAUACUUCAAUGCUCUAA